AUGACUUCGCAAGCACCGCAUCCCUCAACCCGCGCACCAGCCGCCGCUUUGCAUAUCGAUCUUCCCCCGAGUCCGCGCUCCCCGUCGUACCGCCGCCGCUCCGCCCCCCGUCGGUCCCCCCUCGCCGCGCCUCCGCAAACCGCCCAGCCCUCCUUCUCCGACCCCGCGGAGGCUCUUGCGGAGGCUCCCGCGCGCUCCCCGCAGCCCACCGCUCCGCCAGUGCGCUCCCCCGCCACGCCCGUGCGCCGAAAACCUUCCGCCUUUGGCCCCUCCGGCAAUGCGCAACCUAAUAGCCCCGGCACCGGACCCUCCCCCCGUUCCCCCUUCCCCCGCGCAUUCUCUCCGCGCCCCCCGCCAUCCUCCGCCUCCACCGAGACGCUCUUCCCCAGAGCGCAAGCUUCCGCCAGCGCGCCUUCCGCCACAGCACACUCCUCCGAUUUUCCUCCUCCGCGCGCGCCGGUUGCCGCUUCCCCAGGCGCACCGUCCCCCGGCGGCAAUUCCAGUCAGGCGGAGGUUUCCCCGGGCAGCAGCUCGAGCCAAUCGCCGGGUGCCACGUGGCGGCCCGUGCAGAUGGGCGCGCAUCGAAGCAGCAAGGCAGUGGGAGUGCUUCGAAUGGCGCAGUUAAGCAACGGCGACGCGGAACCGCCCUUUCCGCCACCAGAUGCGGCGGAAGAGGCGGGGAUAGGAGGAACGCGGCGAAAAGGGACCGGAAGAAGGAGAUUGAAAAGGGGAGAAGCGGGGGAGGCGGCGUAUGAAGCGGCUCCGAGAGGAGAGGAAGGGGAAGGCAGGAUUCGAGGACGAGCGGAAAGAGGGGAAGGAGCGGGGGGAGAGGAAGGAAGGGGAAAAGUGGGAGGAGGGGAGGGAAAAGGGAGAGGGCGAGGAGCAGAUUUGCAAUAUGAUGGGGUGACGACGACCACGGUAAGUAGCAACCAGACUGGAUCAUCAAAGGAUACGGAUUUCGCAUGGAGCGACAGGUCUGGGCAGCGGUUGGGUCUUGGAAACGACGGGCCGUCGCGGGUAAGACAAACCAAAGGCUCGGCGCACUUGAGUCAAGGCACGGGUGGUGCUGACGAGACUUUGACCAGAGCCGACACAGGCUCGGCGCAGUUGAGGCACGGCACAGGCUCGGCGCAGUUGAGGCAAGGCACAGGCUCGGCGCAGUUGAGGCAAGGCACAGGCUCGGCGCAGUUGAGGCAAGGCACAGGCUUUGGCGAUAGUGACGGCUCUGGGCUGUGGGUGUGUGCGCCGUUGGCGGAUGGUGUGAGUCAAGCAGCAGUGGACGGUGCGGAUCGAGCCGUGGAGGGUGCGGAUGAAGGCGUGGACGACGGUGGUGCUGUUGAUGGGGGAAAGGAGGAAGGGGUGGGGCUGUGGCAAAGAGAGGACGAGGGGACAAGGGAAGCAGGGAUGAAGAGAGAGGAGGAAUCAGCAGGGCAGGAGGAGGAGGAGGAGGAGGAGGAGGAGGAGGAGGAGGAGGAGGAGGAGGAGGAGGAGGAGGAGGAGGAGGAGGAGGAGGAGGAGGAGGAGGAGGAGGAGGAGGAGGAGGAGGAGGAGGAGGAGGAGGAAGUGGGGAAGGAGGAAGAGGAGGAUUCAGGUGGUAAGAGAAGAGGGGAGGAGGCGAAUGCAGGGCAGGGAAUGACUAAGGUAGGAGCUCCCUCUGGUGUGAGUAGAGCGCAGGUGCUCGCUCGAGCGGAGAGCUUAAGAGUGAUGCUUAAGGGUGAGAGGCCUGGUUCUGCUACUGCUGCUGAGAAUGGGGCCCGGACAAAGGAGCUUGCACGAGUGGAGAGCUUAAGAGUGAUGCUUAAGGGUCAAAGGCCCGGUUCUGCUACUGCUGCUGCUGGGAAUCAAGAUGGGAACAGGGAAAAUCAGCUAGGACGAGUGGAGAGUUUGAGAGCGGUGCUUAGAAGUGCAAGGCCUGCUACUGCUGCUGCUGCUGCUACUGGUGGUGGGAAUGGGGGCAGGGCAAACGAGCUUGGACGAGUGGAGAGCUUAAGAGUGACACUUAAAAGUGCGCGGCCUGCUACUGCUACUGCUGGUGGGAAUGGGGGCAGGGAGCUUGGACGAGUGGGGAGCUUAAAAGUGACGCUUAAAAGUGCAAGGCCUGCUAGUGCUGGGGGAGUGCAGGGAGGGGCAGAGGUGUUGGGAGAAGGAGAGGCGACGGGAGGCGACGGGAGGUGUUGGGAGGUGUUGGGGCUCCCCUUGCCGUUGCUCCUCCGUCUGCCCGUCUACAAGAGAAUCAGCCCUCUCCCUCCCUGCACCCUUUUGAGUCGACUCAAAAGUCACCAUGCUCCCCCUUUUGCUCGCCCUGCUGCUCCCCUUGCCGCUGCACCUCCAUCCACCCACCUACCAGAGAAUCAGCCCUCCCCCUCCCUGCACACCCGUCCCCGGGUUCUACGCAAAAUGGCAUCUCUGGGUGCGGUGCAGAGGGUUUCAGAUGAUCUUGGUGUGGUGCAGAGGGGUUCAGAUGGUCUGGAUGCCUACCGGUUUGGUGAUCUGUAUGCUGCGCCUGCUGCACUGUACACACCUGCUUCAGACCCACCUGCUUUAACUGCGUCAGCUGCUUCUCCUGCCGUGCAUGCGCCUGCCUCUGAUUCUGCUACCAGCAGCAAUGCCACCAGCAGAAAAGCUACCAGCAGCAGCAGGCGAAUUGCGGUUACCACCGGCAUUCUUGAUGUUACCGGAGCUCGUAGCAGCCUUGUUGUGAGAGCGCUGGCCUCGCCUCGAGUGCGCUCUGCUUCUGUUGCCAGCAACGCUACCAGCAUCGUUACCACCAGCGAUGUUACUAGCAACGCUACCAGCAAUGUUACCGCCAGCGAUGUUAUUAGCAACGCUACCAGCAAUGUUACCACCAGCGAUGUUACUAGCACUGCUACCAGCACUGCCAGUGCUGCCGGCAUUCGCAACAGCCUGGUUGUUCGAGCGCUGGCCUCGCCUCGAGUGCGGUCGGCUGUUGCCAGGUCAGCAAAACAGUGGGAGCAGGAUGAACAGUACCAGGGUCAUCAUGAGCCAUGGACAGGGCUUUCAGCAGCAGAGGUGAACAGUCCCCGCCUUCCCAGCCUAUUGGAGCUUGAUGGGGAGGGGGAUGAUGGGGAGGGGAGGCAAGGGGACAGGGGAGAGGGCGCAUCGGAAGGAACGCCCGCAGAAACAACAGCAGCAGCAGCAGCAGCAACAGCAGCAACAGCAACACCACCACGACCAGCAGCAGCAGCAACAGCAGCAGCAGCGCCAGCAGCAGCAGCAGCAGCAGCAGCAGCAGCAGCAGCAGCAGCAGCAGCAGCAGCAGCAGCAGCAGCAGCAGCAGCAGCAGCAGCAGCAGCAGCAGCAGCAGCAGCAGCAGCAGCAGCAGCAGCAGCAGCAGCAGCAGCAGCAGCAGCAGCAGCAGCAGCAGCAGCAGCAGCAGCAGCAGCAGCAGCAGCAGCAGCAGCAGCAGCAGCAGCAGCAGCAGCAGCAGCAGCAGCAGCAGCAGCAGCAGCAGCAGCAGCAGCAGCAGCAGCAGCAGCAGCAGCAGCAGCAGCAGCAGCAGCAGCAGCAGCAGCAGCAGCAGCAGCAGCAGCAGCAGCAGCAGCAGCAGCAGCAGCAGCAGCAGCAGCAGCAGCAGCAGCAGCAGCAGCAGCAGCAGCAGCAGCAGCAGCAGCAGCACAGCAGCAGCAGCAGCAGCAGCAACACAGCAGCUUUAAAGUCCAUCAGACCCUCCUCUCACCUUCUUCCCUUCCCUCCCUUCCAUUCGAUCCCUCUCUUCCCACAAAAUCUGCUGUAACUCCCCAUCACUCUGACUUGUUUGACGGUUAUCCACUUGGAACCAACUCCACCGCUUUCCACACCUCCCCUCCAUCCAUUUACCCCAAGUCGUCUUCGGAUCCGAACCUGCGAGCCGUUUCCGAGGCACUCCCGAGUCUCCAGCACAGCAUGGUUCGGGCUGCCUCGCAGCCUGUUCCCAAGGCUUGUCCCGAACCUGUUGCCAGGUCUGGGCACAAGCGGCGGGUGUCUUUUAACUCGGUGGUGCAGGUUCGGAAAAUCACCGAGCUUACCAGCAGCAGCAAUGGCAAAGAGGGAGAUCGUAAGAGCAUGGAGGCUAUGGUGUGUAGAGAUGUAGUGAUCAAUGGGAGGAAAGCAGCAGCGAGUGGAAAUGAAGCAGCUGGAGCAGGAAUGGCAGGGGCAACAGCAAGAGUAGCUGCAGGAACUGGAUUUGGAAACUGA